CAAAAUUCAACCUUCCCGAAAACAUAACAGAGUUGUAUCUCCAACACAACGUACUUCUAACAUUGCCGAUGGACAGCAUAGCGCGGUCGAGGCGGCUCAAUAAGCUGGACGUGCGGCACAACAGGCUUGACAGCUUUGAGCCGGCGCUGGUUAAGGGCAUCAGAAGUCAAGGACUUACUGUGUAUUAUGAAGGAAACGGCCUAAAAUGCGACUGCUUCGCUCGCCCCCUAAAGCACUACCUAAACCGUCUUUCCCCUUCCGUUCUCCCCACUUCCCCCUACAACCUAACUUGUACGGAACCCCUGGUGCUCCAAAACGAACAACUUCUGGCGGUAGACGAAGAAAGAUUGCUCUGUGAGGGCAGUGUUGCCGUGGAUAAUAAAUUGCUGGAGUAUGGCAACACUGAGGGAGAUUCGGUCUAUGAUUUCACUAGCGAGCCGGAUUUGGUGUUCAGAGAUGUGCAGUAUGCCCAAGAAGCGAUAUACGCAAACUGGUACGUACCCAGCAUCGAAGACAUAGCAGAUGUAUACCUCUACAUACGCGACGACAAAAACAGCCUUCUCUACAGCAAAGAUAUGACUUACAACCUCCGCUCAACGACUAUUCCCAUAGACAACACCAUGAAGGAAUCUCUAGAAAAAGGCGGGAAGUUUGACAUUUGCAUUCAAGCCAAAACGUCAAGCGGCGCGCCGAGAAAGUGGUUUGACAGCCAGUGUCAACCGCUCCCGCCAAAUUUUGACAGCUGGCAGAAGAAAUUAAACAUAGACAAAAGGAGGCUGACCAAAAAGAAAGCUAGAAAAGGAUGGUUCCAGAGAAAUAGUGUGCUGGGUUUGGUAAGCGACUCGAUUUUGAUUACGUUGUGCAUAUUUUUGGGCGUUUGCUUGAAACUAACGGAUUUGGAGUUAUAGAUGAACUACACUGAACUGUCCCACCAAACUCAUUGACAGGGAGGCGCCACCAUCGUCAAACUAUACAGGGUGGAAACGUUAAGUGAUCUCACUCGAUUAUUUCUAAACUAUACAAGAUAUCUAAAAACUGAUUACUGAUUCUGAAAGUGCUUCACAAGCUCUUUCAAACGGUACCAAUAAUAGGUUACAGAAUAAACUGGAUCUAUCCGAAAAUUCAAUAUUUCCCUGUAUAGUUUCCAACGUGGGAAAAAUCGGAACUAGCGAUCCGGUAUUGACGGUGGCGCCCCCUUGUCAAUGUCACUGAUAGGACGGUUCGUUGUAGUUUGACAAUAUAGUUGUUUUUUUAAUAACGUAAGACUGACGAAUCUUUAGAAUUUUCUCGAAUUGACUCUAGACAAGUUUGUAAUUUAAAAGGUGCAGUUCAUUUCGACAUAUUUGUCAUAGAAUUAAUGUCAUCACUCACUGUCCGUGUCGACAAAAUAUUUUUGGAAUAUUAGAAUUCGAGUGGAGGUCCAAUAUGACCACACAGGGUCACGUUAGAGGUCAGAGUUUGGUUCAUAAGUUUGCCAGACAUACAUACAAUUGUCUAUGAAUUUAAAUAUUUUUUAGUUGUGAAAGUAUUAAUGAAUUUAACAAAUUGACUCCAAGACGUAGAAUCGAUCGAACGAAGUAAAAAUGUCACAUGUCACUUUGACAGCGUCAUACAAAGAUCUAAAACAUGCUAUGUGUAGGUUUUUUUAAAGUGCUAUUUUUUACCUUUAUUUUUUCAUUGAAGGUUAGUAGGUACUUUCUUUUAGACUGCCAUAUUCCGUCCAAUUUUGAUAUUUUUUUAUUUUAUUAUGAUUAUUGGAAUUUAUAUUAAUAGUUCCUAAGCCUUAAAUGAUUAUGAUUCCAUUUUUUUUUAUAUUUUUGAGACAUUUAUAUUUUUAUACACGAAUUUUUAGACAAAAAAUAUAACGAUAAGAAUGUAACGGUGCUGCCUAUAUUGUACUUAUAUUUAUUAAGAUUUUUUACUGUAUUAUUAUUAAAAUAUUUUGCAAAGGAUUUUGUAAUGUAUCUGUGAUGUCCCUUUUGAAAAUUUUUAUUAUACAUUUGUAUAAAAUAAAAAAAACAUCAGUAUUUCAGACAGAGACAGAAUAUUUUACUAAAAUUAUUUUUGAAAUGUCAUGUCGACUACAUUUAGUGGUAUUUUUUUUAUUAUUCUCAUAUUUUUUAAGUUACCAUUCCUUUUUUUUGUGAUAAGUACUACAAUGACGUCACAAGAUGUGGGCUUUAAUUUUUUUUUGUAUUUUAGGAGUUGUGAAUCUUAACAGAUACCGUGCCGUUAGUUGUCAUUAUUAUUAAAUAUUAUUAAUAUACUCAAAAAUAAACUAAAAUUGUAUAUGUAAGGACAAUCAAUAUAGUAUUUUGUAUACAUUUUUUAAGAUAUAAAUGAAACUCCGCCAAUGUUUUAAAAUUGUUUUAUUAAAAUUGUAAUAAAUUACACACUUUUAAAUGUAUUAAAUGCAUUUUUUACAA